UAGCAGCACCUCUUCUCACAUUUCUCAAGUACUAAUGGUGGGAUAAGAUCAAUUCAAAGACAGAGGAUUGUGCAUGGAAUCUCCUAUCCGUCAAUUUGAUUAAUCUUGCAAGGAAGUGUUGCUGAUUGCAUCAGAGCAAUCACUUAUUAUAUUGCUGUUCACCUGGUGCUUGGAGUUUUGACUGACAUUUCUAAUGACCUGGACAGGAUUUCCUGAUGGAUAAACUGUAGAUUGACAGCGUUUCAUUCAGAGUCAUUUCUAUAGCCCAUGGCUUUCUAGAAAACUGCUGUGAAACUCUUCCUUUUCAGUGACUGCACCACAACAGUGCCAACAAAAUGCAGAAGCAAGUGGAAAUCAGAAUGCAUGAGAGUCAUCUGGACCCUCCUUCACCACCUGAAGAGUCCAUGUGUGGAGGCUGCUCUGACAAAAUCAUGAAGAAUCUGAUACUCAUGCUCACAGUUCUUGGUGUGAUCAUUGGUUCAGUAGCUGGUAUUCUACUGCGGUAUGCAUCCCCACUCCCUCCUGAUGUCAUUAUGGUCAUUGCCUUCACGGGUGACAUUCUCAUGAGAAUGUUAAAAAUGGUGAUUUUGCCUCUGAUCAUCUCAAGUUUGAUCACAGGAUUAGCAGGGUUGGAUGCCAAGUCCAGUGGUCGUCUAGGCACAAGGGCCAUGGUGUAUUACAUGUCUACCACCAUCAUUGCAGCUGUGUUGGGGGUGAUCUUGGUGCUCCUCAUCCACCCCGGUAACCCCAAACUGAAGGCAAACCUCGGUGAGGGGAAAAAGAACGAUGAAGUGUCCAGUUUAGAUGCCUUCUUUGAUCUCAUCAGAAAUCUGUUUCCAGAAAAUCUCGUUCAGGCUUGUUUUCAGCAGAUCCAGACUGUUAGUAACAAGGUAGAAGUAGGUCCUCCUCCACAUCCAAAUCGGUUUGGACGAAAUGCAACCAAGAGCGCAGCAAAAUAUGUGAUUAAGAAGUCUCUUCAAUUCAAGAGUGGCAUGAAUGUUUUAGGUCUCAUUGGGUUCUUUGUGGCAUUCGGGAUUUGCAUGGGAAAGAUGGGAGAAAGGGCCAAGCUGAUGCUUGAGUUCUUCAACGUUCUCAACGAGAUCGUUAUGAAGCUUGUCGGCAUGAUCAUGUGGUAUUCCCCCAUUGGUAUUGCGUGUUUGAUCUGUGGCAAGAUCAUUUCAAUUAAUGAUUUGGAAAUGGUGGCCAAGCAGCUGGGAAUGUACAUGGUCACUGUCAUCAUUGGACUUAUUAUUCACGGAGGGAUUUUCCUUCCCUUAAUAUAUUUUAUUUUUGUUCGGAAAAACCCAUUCACGUUCUUCAUGGGAAUUUUCCAGGCAUGGGUCACCGCUUUAGGAACAGCUUCGAGUGCUGGGACAUUACCUGUUACUUUCCGCUGUCUGGAGGAAAAUCUGGGCAUCGACAAGAGAGUGACUCGUUUUGUAUUACCUGUUGGAGCAACAAUCAACAUGGAUGGUACAGCACUUUACGAGGCUGUAGCGGCCAUCUUUAUUGCCCAGAUGAAUGGAAUAGAACUUGAUCCCGGUCAGAUUGUGACCGUCAGCCUUACGGCGACUCUCGCUAGCGUAGGAGCAGCAAGCAUUCCCAGUGCUGGCCUGGUGACGAUGCUUCUGAUCUUGACAGCUGUGGGUCUACCGACUCAAGACAUCAGUUUGCUGGUAGCAGUCGACUGGCUGCUUGAUCGUUUCCGAACAUCAGUCAAUGUUGUUGGUGACUCGUAUGGGGCGGGAAUCGUGUACCACCUCUCCAAAGAUGAGCUUGACCUGUUCGAUGCACAGCAGAUAAGGCCAGAUGACUUUGAGAUGGCCAAGACACAAUCCUUUUUUGAGAAUAACACUAACCACGGUGUAUAUGCGUCUCACAACUCCUGUCAGCCGGUCCAAAUAGAUGACUGCAAGGUAACCUUGGCCUCAAAUGGCUCACCUGCGGACUUCUCACUUGUUGAGGAGGAACCAUGGAUACGCGAGUAACACAGAUCCAGCUCCGCCUUAUCCUGAGUCCCGCAAGCUUAUCCUUUCUGGUGGAAACCAAAUGCUAAUUUUGUACAUAUAAACAGUCAGAAGUUACCACAGACAGAACUUUUCAUAUGCACAAGCAUUGACUUUUGUAUGACAAUCUCAGUACAUUUGAUACACAAAGGGAAGAGAGCGUAGCUCAAGUAGCGGGUGGUUCAGUUGGGAUAGAGGACAGGCUGCAUUUUGAGCUGUUAUUAUUUACACUCAAGGAUUACGAUAGUUAGAAUUCUAGGCCUUGGGUUUGAGGAUUGGUCUGAAACCUGCUGCCUUAAGGCUUCCGCAUAGAAGGAUCGCAAUGGUUUGUCCAGCCCCAGAUUGACCCUAGAGCACUACUAGUGGCAGGAGGAGAGAAGUGCAGCUUGUUUGCUGAAGAUACCUUUGACUGGCUCAGCUUAGGUGGAUUAACCCUUGGUGGCAGCACUCCAGU